AUGAGACUGACGAAACGUUUCCUAGCCGCUCAGGUUCCUCUAGGUGCGCUGUUCGGAGCAGCAUCAGCUAGAACACUCCAACCGUGGCAUUAUGCUCCCCUUCCACUCGGAGUCGUCAAGCCUACUGGCUGGUUGCAAGGGGAGAACCAGGCAAUGGCCGAUGGGCUUUUUGGCCAUGAACACGAUUUUUACAUUUUUGUAAAUGAGUCAAGCUGGCUGAACAAACCGGGCACUGGAGGUGUUGAAUACAGCAAUCUCAAUGAAGCGUUGCCGUAUUGGUUCAACUCCAUUGUGCCCAUGGCAUAUACCCUUGAUAAUGACAGACUCAAGGGCCAGGCACACGCUGUUGCCAAAUCAGUUCUAGGAUGGCAGGCUAAUGACGGCUGGAUUGGUCCUGAAGUUGGGCAGUUCAGAAACUUUUGGGCUCGGACACCCAUGUUUCUUGGUCUGAUUCAGCUGGUUGAAGCAGACAAGUCGUGGGAGAAGCAAGUCGUUGACAGCCUGCAGCGCUUCAUGGUCCUGGCAAACAAGAUGCUGAAAAAUAACAGCGAGGGAUUCACAAGAUGCGAUGGCGCCGUCGACUGUACAUGGGGCCAGGCUCGUAUCCACGAUCUCAUCAUCACGAUUCAGUGGCUCCUUGAAAACUACCCCUCAAAGCAAGACGCACUCUUGUGGGAGAAUAUGGAUAUGUUCACCGCCCAGAACAAGUACAAAUGGGACGUAUGGUAUACCGAGUCUACAUAUCCCAAGGUCGUGAAGCCAACCAAUGAGUUGGCACCGUACAUCCAUGGUGUAAAUGUUGGACAAGGUCUCAAGGCACCGUCCGUUAUAUAUCGCAUCAACGGCACCAGGAGCCUGAUUCAAAAGAGCAACGAUGCCGUUGACUGGGCGUUUAAAUAUCAUGGCUCAGCCUCGGGGACUAUUCUUGCGGAUGAGCAUCAAACUGGAUUGCAGCCAUACAUGGGGGCUGAAUUAUGCACAGCCGUCGAAACCAGCUACUCGUUGGCGUAUCUCUAUCAGAUUCUGGGAAGCAACUCCUUUGCUGACCGAGCUGAGCGCACCAUAUUCAACUCUUUCCCUGUCAUGAUGACUGGCGACAAAUGGGCACACCAGUAUAUGGCCCAGUCAAACCAGCCUUGGGCUAUCAACACCACCAAACCAGACGGAAACACGCCUCCCGUAUUCACAACGGCCAACAACGGCGUCUCAACGACUUUUGGAAUGGAACCACUCUACCCGUGCUGCACCGUGAACCAUGGACAAGGCUACCCCAAGUUCAUUUCAAACAGUUGGGUCGCCGUCGGCAAAAAGGGUAUCGGCCACGCCCUCCUCAGCCCAUCCAAGGUUUCUACAACCGUCAAUGGCGGAGCCGUCACCAUCACUUGUGACACAAAGUACCCCUUCGACAUGACCCUGACAUAUGCCGUCAACGCAAAGAGCGACUUUGACUUUUACCUCCGCGUUCCAGACUGGGCCAACAGCUUCACCAUCACGGCUAAACGCGACGCAGAAACAGUUUCAGACGUCGUAGAGGGCAAGAAUCAGCGAGGCAUGCAGAAGAUUUCGCUCAAGGCUGGAACCACCAAUGUCAAAUAUGUCAUCGCCACUCAGAUCCGCACAGAAGCUCGCUCCGGCGACACCGUUGCCGUCUUCUUCGGCAAUAUGCUCUACGCUCUUGAUGUGGGCUUCUCACAAACCUCUUCUUAUCCCCACGCCUACAACAACCCUAAGGGUCCUGGGUUGGACUACCUUCCGUUUAAACAACUUCGUGACUACUACAUCAAGAGCACCAAGCCCUGGAAUGUCGCCAUCGACCCCUCGACGCUGAAGUACAACGGUGCUGAUGGCCAGCAGCUCAAGGACCCGAUCUUUGAACAUGGCGCGCCGCCUAACUUCAUGACCGUGCAGGGCUGUGAGAUCAAAUGGGGCUUGUACAUGGAUACGACGCCCGACUGGCCACCUGCUGAUAGAAAAUGCACUGGGGAGAGGAAGACUUAUAGACUGAUACCAUUUGGAGCCGCCAAGGUACACAUGUCGGAUCUGCCUGUUGUUAAGUUUUAG